ACUCUCGUCUUCGUCUUUUUCCCAUCUUGGGCCCAUCUGGUUGUAAGCAAAAGAUGCUGAAAAUAUAAAGAAGUAGCAAAAGAAUUCAGAAAGUAAAUGUUCUCAUCUCUCUUGGGUCUCUUGGUUUUCUCCAACUAUGGCUUCUUCUUCUUCUUCUUCUUCUUCUUCUUCCACUCAUCGAAAGAACUACGACGUCUUCUUAAGCUUCAUAGAUGAAGAUUUUGAUGAUUCCAGUAGAAACUUCAUAGACCAACUCUAUGAAGAAUUGAUCCAAAGAGGUUACCGAAUCUUCACAGACGAAGACGAUAAGCGCAACCUCGACGACCAUAUCACAUCUGAAUUCCUUAAAACCAUAGAAGAAUCGAAGGUUUCGAUUGUUGUCUUCUCCAAGAACUAUGGAUCUUCCAUAUGGUGCCUUGAUGAAGUGGUGAAGAUGUUAGAAUGCAAGCAUGAGAUGGGUCAGACUGUUCUUCCCGUUUUUUACAAGGUGGAUCCUUCUCAUUUUCGGAAACAAAAUGGGAUUUUGGAGGAAAGCUUUGCUGGAUACGAAGAGCGAUUCAGAUCGGAGAUGGAGAAGGUGAAGAGAUGGAGGAAGGCUCUCACUGAAGCAGGGAAUUUGUCCGGUUGGCAUAUUCAAGAUGUUGCAGACGGGGUAGAGACAAAGGUUGUUGAAGCAAUCGUUGAAGAGGUCUCAAUGAAAGUAAAAGAAAGACACAUGAAAAUUGACACGUAUCUAGUUGGGAUAGAAUCCCACAUUGAAGCCAUAAAUUCUUUAUUAAGUCUUGGUUCUAGUGAUGUUCGUAUUAUUGGGAUCUACGGUAUCGGUGGCGUGGGUAAGACAACCAUCACCAAGGCUGUUUAUAACCAAGUCUUACAUGAAUUUGAAGGCAGUACUUUUCUUGGAAGUGUUCGAGAAAUUUCUGGACAUCGUAAUGGUUUGGUUCAUCUGCAAGAGCAACUUCUUACUGAUAUAUUAAUGAAACAAAACAUACACAUAAGCAAUGUCGAUAGAGGAAUCAAUGUGAUUAAACAAAGACUCUGUUUUCGAAAGGUUCUUGUUGUUCUGGAUGAUGUGGAUCAAUCAAGCCAAAUAAAUGCAUUAGUUAGAGAACGUAAUUGGUUUGGCUUGGGAAGUAGAAUCAUUGUAACAACCAGAGAUCAACAUUUUCUAAAUGGGCUCGACGUGGAUGGAAUGUAUGAGAUUGAAAAACUGAAUUUUUAUGAAUCUGUCCGACUCUUCCGGCAUUAUGCAUUUGAAAAGGUUCGUCCUAAAGGAAAUCAAAAGGAGCUUUCUGAAAUAAUAGCGUCUUAUCUUGGUGGGCUUCCAUUAGCUCUGCAAGUGGUUGGUUCAUUUCUACACAAAAGAAGCAUAGAUGAAUGGAUAAGUGCAUUAGAGAAGUUGCAAAGUAUUCCAAAUGAGGAAAUUCAGGAAAAACUUAAAUUAAGCUUCGAUGCUCUUGACAGUGCAGAGAAAGACAUAUUCCUUGACAUUGCAUGCUUCUUUAUCGCAAUGGACAAAGAUAUUGCAAUAAAAAUACUAGAUGGUUGUGGUUUCUUCCCAGAAAUAGGAAUUGGUGUUCUCACACGCAGAUCACUUUUAAUUAUUACUGAAAAAAAUCAGCUUGCAAUGAAUGACCUGCUACGAGAGAUGGGAAGGGAAAUUGUUCGCAAAGAAUCUCCUAAUGAGCCUGGAAAGCGUAGCAGAUUGUGGCUUCAUGAAGAUGUAUAUGAUGCACUGACGAAAAAUAGGGGAACAGAAGCAGUUGAAGGAAUGGUCUUCAACUUCCGCCAAGUAAGAGGAGUAUGCUUGAGUAUUGAGGCAUUUAUGAAGAUGAAAAGAUUACGAUUGCUCGAAGCUAAUAACGUUCCUGAACAUUUUCUAAAUGAGUCAUUCGCUUUUAUGGGGGAGAAACAUCUGUUCAAGGAGUUAAGAUGGCUAUGUUGGCAUAAAUUCCCUUUAAGAUCUAUGCCAAACAAUUUUCAUCUGGACAACCUUGUUGUUCUUGACGUACAAUUUAGCAAUCUCAAGCAAGUCUGGAAGGGAAGCAAGCCAAAGUAUCUUGGAAAGCUGAAAGUCCUUAAUCUCAACUGUUGCCGUGACCUAACAAAAACCCCCAACUUCUUGAGACUCCCUAGCCUUGAGAUAUUGACACUGGAUGGUUGUACAAGUUUGGUUCAAGUUCACAAAUCCAUUGGAGAAUUAAACAAUCUUCUUGUUUUGAAUCUAAAAGAUUGUACAAAACUUCGGAGACUCCCAAGAAGCAUUUGGAAUUUGAAAUCUCUACGAAGUCUUAAUCUUUCUGGUUGUUCAAAAAUCAAUGAACUGCCAGAGGAACUGGGAAAUAUGGAAAGUUUAACAGAGCUUCUUGCUGAUGGAACAGCCAUAAGGAAACUGCCUAUUUCCUUUGGGCUUUUGCAUAACCUCAAAAUCUUUUCUUUAAGUGGAUAUAAAGGAUCACCAUCAAAAUCAUGUAAUUCAUUUAUUUGUUCAUUGGGAUCACCAAGAAGUGAUGAUGCCAUUUCAUCUUUGCCGGCUUCAUUCUCUGGUUUACGCUUCUUAACACGCCUGAGUCUUAGAGAUUGCAACUUAUCUGGUAUGCUUCCCAAUGAUCUUGAUAGUUUAUCCUCAUUACAAGAGUUGGAUCUAGCCUUCAACAGCUUUUUUGACUUACCUGCUAGCAUCAGCCGCCUUCCCCAGCUUCAAUCCCUUUGGUUAGAGAAUUGUACAAAGCUUGGCUCACUUCCAGAGCUUCCCUCAAGUUUAAGGUACUUGGAUGCAAAUGGUUGCACUUCCAUGGAAAAGCUAUCCAAUCUUGCAAGUGCAUCCUCAUUGCAGAGGUUGUAUUUAAGUCAAAAUAGUAUAUGUAGCUUACCUGCAGACAUCAAUGGCCUUUCUCAACUGCAAGUUCUUACAUUGAGAAAUUGCACAAGGCUUCAGUCGCUGCCAAUGCUUCCGUCAAACAUAAUUGGUUUGGAUGCAGGAGGUUGCAGGGUGAUGGAAAGAAUAUCAGGCUUGGAAAACCUAAAGAAGAUAAAGUCCUUGUUGCUGAAUAGUUGCAGCAAACUAAUUGAGGUGGAAGGCUUGGAGAGGUUGGAAACUAGACCAACUAUUCACAUGGAAAGGUGCAAUGGUUUGGCAAAUACUUUCAGGAAUAACCUCUUUCAGGGGAUGAGUGAGCCUGGUAUCAUUGACUUCUUUGUUCCUGGGGGAGACAUUCCAGAUUGGUUCAGCUAUCAAAAUGCAGGGUCCAGCAUAUAUUUUGAGGUGCCUCCACUGUCAAACCAUAAGAUUCAAGGCUUGAUUAUAUGCGCUGUCUAUGCAGCAGAAGAAGAACUUGAUGAAACAACAAAUGGUCCUAAAGCCACUUUCAUUAACAGGACCAACGGUCUAGAAUGGAAAUACGGGCCCAUAGUCAAUAGCGUUUCAGAAACAAAUCAGGAUCACAUAUGGGUGAGUAACAUAGCAGAGGCGACGUUUAUGGAUCAGUUGGAAGGAGGGGAUCAAGUGGAUGUCUCAAUGGUAAUCGGUAACCGUAUCCAAGUGAAGAAAUGUGGGAUCCAUCUGUUUCAGGGUACCUCUUCCUCAUAUGAUCUUGGAGUUGAAAAAGUCCACAAAGGAGAUGACAAGGCAGGGGUGCAGUUGCUGCCAUUUCAGUGAGGAACAACACCGUGAUUUUUUGAAUGUGGCUUGCCCAAAAAUGAAUUCUGCAGAGGUAAAUCAAAGUAGCUCCGGCACCAAGUUUUUUUUGACAUUUCCUUAACAUCUGAGGUGUGGAAGAAUGUAGAAUGAUUUAACAUUAAUUUGAUAGGAUUUAAAUCCUCAUGAUUAGUAAUUCUCCGGUUUUUUGUAUUGUGAUUACAUUUGUUACAGAAUGCACUCUCUGUAAACCAAAACUAUAGGUUUUACCGUAAUGGUUGCAGGGGACGCAUUGUGUUAAUGUAUAGUAGAAUAGGAAAGAUAGUGAGAUGUUUGAAUCA